AGAAUGGCACAUAUGAAAUUAAACUGAAAUACGAGGGCAAGGUAGGUGAAUCAUCACCGUCUCAACAAGUCCAUGGUCCGCCCUCAAUAUAUCAGGAGUAGAAAAAAGGGUGUUCUUUUAUCUCUGAAACAGCUCUAUACUCGAAGGUCAAUAACUUCGUCUCUCCCUCUCUCGUGUCCAUUCAAAAAUCAAAACCACUACUCUUGUUCGAAGCUUUUCCCAUGUACUUCUCCGUUCUGUUUGUUUCUACAGAAAGUGUUUGUUUCCUCGGAAAAUAUUCUCUUGCAACAAACGGGUCUUGAGCGCAAUAAGCAAAAAGAAGCUCAGUACAAGCAUUAGAAUAUCUCUUUUUGAUUGGUUUUCUUUGUUUUUUUUUUUUUCCCCAUUUUUGUUGAACCCUUAACUCAAUCAUCUCUAUAAAGCCUGUAAAAUGCUUUUUUUUGGGCUUGUUUGGUGAUUGGGAAUCUUCGAAAGCUUUUCUAUAGCGUAUAUACCCUUUGAUUUGAAGAGCUUUAUGGGUCAAAACUCGAAGAUCCAUUAGGUUUCUGAGUCUAAACUCGGGUUUGAGCAAAUGGGAAGCAAAUGGAGAAAAGCCAAGCUGGCCCUUGGAUUGAAUCUCUGUGUGUAUGUUCCGCAAACCCUAGAGGACUCGUCUCCGUCCAUGGACGUUGGCAGAAGAUAUUCCGACGCCGUUUUGCUCUCGCCGUCGCUUUCUCCCCAGUCCCGAAGCUCCGACUGCCUUCCGGCGAUGCCGACGACGCCCACGCCGUCGUCUUCCGGCCUCCGGCUGUCAAAACACGGAACUAAGUCCUCAAAGAAGACAUGUGCUAUAUGCCUGAACACGAUGAAACCAGGCCAGGGUCAUGCCAUUUUUACAGCAGAAUGCUCACAUGCUUUCCACUUCCACUGCAUUACUUCUAAUGUAAAACAUGGAAGCCAAAGUUGCCCUGUUUGCAGAGCAAAAUGGAAGGAAAUCCCCUUUCAGAGUCCUGCUUCUGAUCUUGCUCAUGGAAGGGCAAGAAUCAACCCAGUAGAUUGGGGCCACGAUGAUGCCUGGAUGACUGUUCUACGACAGCUCCCAUCUCCACGCCAAGAUGCCAGUCGACACAUUUCAUCGCUUUUCCAUGCCCAUGAACCAGCUGUCUUUGAUGAUGAUGAAGUCUUGGAUCAGCAGCCUGAGAGUACUGAGAGAAGUUCAUCAACUCGAGAUAUUGAUAACAAUUCGAUUGGAGCAAUAGAGGUUAAAACAUACCCAGAAGUCUCAGCUGUUCCAAGAUCAACCUCUCAUAAUAACUUCACUGUUCUAAUCCAUCUCAAAGCCCCUCUUACAAGUGGAAGGCAGAAUUCUGGUACAAACCAGACUAAUAUGCAACCAACAUCUCAAAGUUGUCGUGCCCCAGUUGACCUUGUGACAGUGCUUGAUGUCAGUGGCAGCAUGGCAGGUACCAAACUGGCAUUGCUAAAACGAGCCAUGGGGUUUGUGAUCCAGAGCCUUGGUCCCUGUGACCGGCUUUCAGUCAUUUCGUUCUCCUCUACAGCUCGCCGACUCUUUCCCCUCCGUCGAAUGACUGAUACUGGACGGCAGCAGGCAUUGCAAGCCGUUAAUUCUCUGAUUUCAAAUGGUGGAACAAACAUUGCUGAAGGUUUAAGGAAGGGUGCAAAGGUGAUGCUUGACCGCAAGUGGAAAAACCCAGUCAGCAGUAUCAUACUGUUGUCUGAUGGGCAGGAUACAUACACUGUCUGCAGUCCUGGUGGAGCCCAUUCCCGAACUGAUUACUCAUUGCUCCUGCCAUUCUCGAUUCAUCGCAAUGGUGGCACGGGGUUCCAGAUUCCUGUGCAUGCAUUUGGGUUUGGUACAGACCAUGAUGCAACCUCGAUGCAUGCAAUCUCUGAAACCUCUGGGGGGACAUUUUCCUUCAUAGAAGCCGAGGGUGUGAUUCAGGAUGCAUUUGCACAAUGCAUUGGAGGACUCUUGAGUGUGGUAGUGCAGGAGCUGCGAGUUGGGGUUGAGUGUGUCCACCCAAGUUUGCAGCUCAGUUCAAUAAAAGCAGGAAGUUACCAUACUAGUGUGACACCUGAUGCAAGAACAGGCUUUAUUGAUGUUGGAGAUUUGUAUGCUGAAGAAGAGAGGGAUUUUCUGGUAAACAUCAAUAUUCCAAUUAAUGGAUCUGGGGAUGAGAUGUCUUUGUUUAAGGUUAGAUGUGUUUAUAGAGACCCAAUCACAAAAGAGUUGGUGAAGUGUGGAGAAGCAGAUGAGGUGAAGAUCCAGAGGCCUGAGAUAGCCAGACAAGUAGUGGUGUCCAUGGAAGUGGACAGGCAGCGAAAUAGGCUCCGAGCAGCAGAGGCAAUGGUGGAGGCAAGAGCUGCUGCUGAACGAGGUGAUCUUACAAGUGCAGUUGCUGUCCUUGAGAGCUGUCGAAGGGCAUUGUCAGAAACAGUUUCUGCAAGAGCUGGUGACAGGCUAUGUGUUGCCCUGGGUGCUGAGUUAAAGGAGAUGCAAGAAAGGAUGGCAAACAGGCGCAUCUAUGAGGCCUCUGGAAGGGCGUACGUGCUAUCGGGGUUGAGUUCACACUCAUGGCAAAGAGCAACUGCACGAGGUGAUUCCACUGAUAGUGCAACCCUUCUGCAAGCUUACCAGACCCCAUCCAUGGUGGACAUGUUGACCCGAUCACAGACCAUGUUUGUGAGUAGUGGUGCUCCAUCACCUCAUCCACCUAUCCGACCUGCUAGAUCAUUUCCUGCCCGGCCGCUGCCAAGGUAAAUUGAUAUCCUCCAAAUGGCAGUGGGCCUUUUUGCUUCCUUGAUUUUUAUAAUAUUUUUUAUGGUUUUGGGAAGGGUGGGGAUAAAUUGGAGACACAAAGAAGGGGAGAGGUUUUGGGUGUUUUUACAAUGGUGGGUAUAUUUUCUUGUUUUGUGAUGUAAAUGAAUAAGAACUGGUGAACGCUGGGAAGAUGGGUAUUGAGGGAAAAAUGGUGAAAAGGAAAAGUUGGAAGCUAGGGGUUUAUUAUUAUUACAAGUAUGAUUGUGGGUGGGUGAUGUAUAUAAGGAGAAAUGAUGUUUUUCCUUUUUUUGGUCUUGGAGAAGAAAGAGGGGGGUAUAGCCUUGUAAUUGUGGGGAUACUUGAGAAGGUGGAUUCUUCACUUAAAUAUAUGAUAUAUGAUAUAUCUGCUCUUGAUUCUUUUCACAA